GCCUCCCCGCCCGCCUCAGCCUAGCAGCGGUGUGGUCGCUUCGAGCGGACCGGAAAGAGAAGCAGCCCUCCAGACCUCCUCAAGGCCUCCCUGAAGCUCCGCGCGGCCGCUCCAGACCCCUCGUCUCGUGCGCAUCGAUCCCCGGUAGAAGCCGAACCGUGAUGGCGACAGCUGCGGCGCCUGCCCCCGCUGGCUCCGGCCCCAGCCCCGGCCCGGGCACCGAGCUGGUCCGCGGGCAGGCCUUCGACGUCGGGCCUCGGUACAGCAACCUGUCCUACAUCGGGGAGGGCGCCUACGGGAUGGUGUGCUCGGCGUACGACCGGGACAACAAGCUCCGCGUGGCCAUCAAAAAGAUCAGCCCCUUCGAGCACCAGACCUACUGCCAGCGCACCCUGAGGGAGAUCAAGAUCCUCAUGCGCUUCAAGCACGAGAACAUCAUCGGGAUCAACGACAUCAUCCGGGCGCCGACCAUCGAGCAGAUGAAGGACGUAUAUAUCGUCCAGGACCUCAUGGAGACGGACCUGUACAAGCUCCUGAAGACCCAGCACCUGAGCAACGACCACAUCUGCUACUUCCUGUACCAGAUCCUCCGAGGCCUGAAGUACAUCCACUCUGCCAACGUUCUGCACCGGGACCUGAAGCCCUCCAACCUUCUGCUGAACACCACGUGUGACCUGAAGAUCUGUGACUUCGGUUUGGCUCGUGUGGCCGAUCCUGACCACGAUCACACCGGGUUCCUCACAGAGUACGUCGCCACGCGUUGGUACCGAGCUCCUGAGAUCAUGCUCAACUCCAAGGGCUACACCAAGUCCAUCGACAUCUGGUCGGUGGGCUGCAUCCUGGCAGAGAUGCUGUCCAACAGACCCAUCUUCCCGGGGAAGCAUUACCUGGAUCAGCUCAACCACAUUCUGGGGAUCCUGGGUUCUCCUUCUCAGGAAGACCUCCUCUGCAUCAUCAACCUGAAGGCCAGGAACUAUCUGUUGUCGCUGCCCAUGCGCCCCAAAGUGUCGUGGAACCGCCUCUUCCCCAACGCUGAUCCAAAAGCUCUGGACCUGCUGGACAAGAUGUUGACCUUUAACCCCAACAAGAGGAUCGAGGUGGAGGAGGCCCUCGCUCACCCCUAUCUGGAACAAUACUACGACCCGACAGACGAGCCUGUUGCUGACAUUCCCCUAAAAUUUGAUAUGGAGCUGGACGAUUUACCCAAAGAGGCGUUGAAGGAGCUGAUCUUCGAGGAAACGGCUCGUUUCCAGCCUGGUUACAGGCCCUAACGACUCACAGAUGUUUCUGUGGACAGGCUUCUGCGUCACCACUGCUCCCCCGCCUCCUCUCUGUUGCUGUGAUCUUCUGAUUCUAACUCCUCCUGUUGUCCUCGGUACCCGGGUCUCAUCAAGUCCACUUCGCUCAGGAACGGCGCCAGGAGUCGACGCGUCCAUCCGGUCUUUCUCUCUGUUGGGGGGGAGUGGUGGGAGUCACGUCACAGCUCAAAGUUUGAGGUUAAUUUGUAUUUAAAGCCAAGAUAAACAAGUUUACCGUGUGCGUCUGUAAGAUCCAAACCCUGUCCUGUGCUGUUUUCACGUGUGACUGAAUGCGGUGAGUGAACUCGCCGGUGUCUGUCUGGUGCAGCUGCUUUGCACAAAACAAUCCUUCAUCUUAAAAAAGGAACGUUUUCUAACCUUUGUCGCACUGUUCCAAGGGACGCAGAGACCGCCGCCGCGUUUGGGAAAGUCCAGAUUAAAUCACCUGAUUUAUGCAACUAAUGACGGAAUGAGCCUAAAGCCAUCACGUGUCCAUGAGGACGUUUGAUCACACCUUACAUUGGAAUGUCAAACAUGCUCAGAUCUAGCUAUAGAUAGAAAAGUUUAAAACCUGAAGAGUCUUAAAGGUAUUUUAAUGUAAAGAGGGAUGAUGGUUUGAAUUAUUUCCUAUCAGCAUCAUUUCUGCCUUAGCCAUGAUAAACUUCACAAAGCGUUGAUUUCCUUCACGCUGUGUUUGUGUGCAUCAGAACAAGAAUUCAGUUUUCAAGCAGAACUCGUUUUGUCUGGACAAGAUGUCGUCGUGCCUCCGUUUUCUUACUCGUUUGUGGUCUCGGGCGUCGGUCAGCAUCUCUCGCCUUGUUGGAAUAAACUGUGCCCUGCAUGACUGUUAUAAGCUCUGUACACAAAGACCACCAUGUAAAGUGCCACGCGAGUCGGGCGGGUCCGCCGGCAGAGCGCCCGGGCUCUUUGUGUUCCACCUCUCUUGUUUUUCAAACACUUUCCGUUCGCUUGCUUCAGCUUCUCUCUCCGUUCAACACUUCGCUUUUUAAUCUGCAUGCUAAUCGUAUUUUAAAAGUUUAAAAAUAAACUUUUGAUUUGUAACGAAGCCAGAAAAG